AUGGAAAAUGUGUCCAACGUCCUGGUAUUCUCACUCACUGGAUUAAAUUUAACUCUGGAAGACAGAUACAUGUAUUUUUCUUUAACAGCACUGUCAUAUAACUUGAUUUGGUUAUGUAACCUUACUGUAAUUUAUUGCAUUGCAUCAGAUAAACAGCUUCAUGAGCCAAUGUACAUAUUUUUGUGUAAUUUAUGCCUGACUGCGCUGUACGGCACUUCAGGAUUCUACCCUAAAUUCCUGUAUGACUUACUCAACCCGACUCAUGAGAUUUCCUACUCUGCAUGUUUGUUUCAGGUAUUUGUUAUUUACUCAUAUGUUUUAUGUGACGUUUCAACUUUGACAGUAAUGGCGUAUGACAGGUAUGUGGCCAUAUGCAGACCGCUGGAAUAUCACUCUGAAAUGACAAACCAAAAGAUUUUUAAAUGUAUUCUUAUUUGUUGGCUCCCACCAUUCAUUUGCAUGGCUGUUGUAGUCUUGUUAGCAGCAAGAUUAACCUUAUGUGGUUCAACUAUUGAAAAGAUGUACUGUGAAACGUGGGCAGUUGUUAAACUGGCCUGUUCCUCUACAACCCUGAAUAAUGUGUUUGGUUACAUAGUGAUACUUGUAUAUUUUGGACAUGCAGUAUUGAUCGCUUUCUCAUACAUGCACUUGGUUAUAAACUGCAGGAAAUCUAAAGACAGCAGGUAUAAAUUCAUGCAGACUUGUGUGCCACACUUAGCAGCACUGUUCAAUAUUACUGUUGCAAUGUUGUUUGAUGUGUUUUACAGUCGAUAUGGAUCAUCUUCAGUUCCCCACGUCUUGAGGAAUUUCUUAGCACUGGAUUUUCUAUUUGUGCCUCCUAUUUUAAAUCCUAUUAUCUACGGACUAAAACUGACCAAAAUACGGCAAAAUAUAUUGAGAUUGUUCUUCAAAUGUAAUAAGACUGUUUCUUAA